GUCCAGGGUAGAGGGGGCUGUACCUGCUCUGUGCCUGGUGCUGGAUUUCACAUGCUGGGUUAAGUAACAGUCUUGUACUAUGUUGUAAAACUGAGUGGCAUCAGAGUUUGGUGGUCCUGAAAUUGCACCAGUGUCCCAAUCAAUUUCUCUGUAAUUAAAGUCUCCCAUAACCAGGUAGUCUGUAGCACUAAUUGUUUUCAUUUUCUCUAGCAACUUCAGCAGUUCUUGAUUAUUUUCCCGAUCACUGUUUGGUGGUCUGUAGCAGAUGCCCACCACUAUUGUGUUCCCAGGCCUUGUGUGAAUUCUACACCAUGCUGCUUCUUCAAAGUUUGAAUUGUUCAAAAUAUCACACUCGCUGACCCUUAAAUGAUCUGCCACAAGAAGUAGAACACCUCCACCUUUACAACCAUCAGGUCGGGACUUACUGGCUGCUACUUGAUAGCCUUGAAUGUGAAUCUCAUCCUUCUGCCACACUUCUGUCAGUCCUAUAAUGUCUGGCUUAUGAAUGUCCACCCUGUUCACAAACUCUUCCAUCUUGUUUCCUAAGCUAUUGACAUUAGAGUAGAAGCAUGACAAAACUUUGUUGAGAGUCACACUACUGUUCUCUUGGGACCACCUUGUUCUGAAAGAUCCUGUGUGUCUCCUUGCCUUUUCUUUUGAGUUCGUCCCUCAGUUCUUUUUGCUUUGAUCUUUCUUCUGGCGACAGAUCCUUGGUGAUGUACCUGUUCUUGAACCCUACAUCUGUUAGUCUGAACCUCUUUUUGUACAGGUCCUCUAGUUGCUCUUUGUCUUUAAGUUUCACCAAAAGCAAUCUCGGUUUGUCGGAUGAAGUGUCUCUUCUGCCAAGACGGACCACGUCUAGCAAAUCUAUAUGAGUGUCGUUGCCUCGCAGGGCCCUAGACAUCUCUUGGAUCCUUUCCUUGUCAUAUUCCUUCCUUACCUCUGUCUCGCUUGACUCUGACUCUGGCAGGUUGUGAAUGAUCAGGUUCAUGUCCCUUUUCUCGUUGCUCGUUUGAACAGCUUUCUUUAUCGUGUCCGAGCUCUGUAGGAUAACCUUUUUCUGUUCGCUUAGUUUUUCUACUACUUUCUUCUCCAUUUCAUUUAUUUUUUUCUCGAUCCCUUUCUCUACAGUUUUCUCAUCCUUGUCUUUGUUGAAAAAGAAGGACAAAUAAUUGCAAACAGGUUCUUUUUUUAGUCAAUGGGAAAUAAUUAUGAUCAUUAGGUUUCCUAACUUUCCUUCAACUGCAUUUGUUCCAUUUCUGACGAUCCUAAGACAACUAUCCAGCGCACGAAAUGUAAACAUCCCAUUUUGAUCAAGUCCAAGUCAAUCGUGAUGAUCGUGAUGCUGGUCGCGAGCUGUGUGUUAUAAGCUAUAUUCAACGUCUAAAUAAUACGAGAGAAAGUUUGCUAGUCUUAUAUUGCUUCUAUAUUGAAUUAAGCAGAUAUGAUCUCUCCAGAAGAGAUGGAGUUUCUGGCUGAGUUUGGGGUGCUCACCAUCAUCCCAAACUUCCAGCAAGAGCAGCUGUACCUGAUAGGCGGUGAUGUGGGACCGUUUCGGCCGGCCCUGCCCGUGGAGGUGCCUGUUUGGCUGGCCGUCAACCUGCGCCAGCGCAGCAAGUGUCGCAUCGUGCCGCCCGAUUGGAUGGAGGUCGACCGACUGCAGGAGAAGAAGGAGGAAGAGAAAAACUCUGCGCACUUUACGCCGAUGCCCUGCGAGCACUAUAUGGAGCUGACGCAGCUCAUCAUGGACGUGGCUGCCGGAGACGUGCCUAGAGCCGACCAGAUCCGUACUAUCAUCAAGGACAUUUGGGACAUUCGUGUGGCGAAACUGCGAUCUUCCGUGGACGCUUUCCUCAAGUCCAACUCGUCGUACGCGAAGCUGGACCACCUGACUCUGCUGGAGCUGAACACAGUCAGGCCAUUCCUGAACCAUUCACUGGACCAGCUGUACCGACUCAAGAAGGAUACGUACCGGAGUCUCACAAUGGACGCAAGUCGAACUUCAUGAUCAGUAGGAACUGUGGACAUCAUUACUUUGUGCGUGAACUGGUCAAACUCUGGAGGUUUGUUCUUGGAACUAUCGCGGCUCGUUAUUGAGGGGUUCCAGUCUUCUAGAACAACGACCAUCUCUUGGUUUUCUCCGUCCUGCGUCGCAUUGGCCAUCAGCGAGGUCGAAACAGGCUGUCCAUCGCGCAUGUCAUAAGAAAGUACAAGGGGAAGCUCGUGUUUUCUUUUUUUUCUGCGUGGCUUAGAAAUGCAUUGAUGAAAAUGUUCAAUCAACUGUGAAUUGCAUGUCAUCAUCAUGAUUACAAAAUGUGAGAAAAGUGACGUACUUGGUACAAAUAUUGUCCAUUCCUGACAAGCAGACGUUGAGGUUUCUUACUAAACCCCAGACACUCAUCUCUGUAAGCAGACUGUUGUCAGUUAUGUCCGUUUGCAUUAAUGAGCGUGUCGACUGUCGUGCAUUCCAAGAGGCUUGGUAAUUGCAGUAACAACUUUGCAGAAAUGGUGCAGCCUUCGUACUUUGUGCUGUAGUUAGCCAUAUGGAGUAUGCUUGUAUUGAACAAUGAAUGGACAUCUCAUUGAUGACUUAAAACCAUCAA